AGAUGUCGAUCACAGCCAGGCCCCGCCUCUAGUGCGCGCACGGCUCGGCAGCCGGUGGGACAAGGCAACGGUGCCACUCUCGCCCCUUUGUGCUCAGGAGGCGGUCUCCGGCCCUCACCGCGCGUCCUCUCGCCUGUAGCCCCACGCACUCCAGCGACGGAUCAUGUCGGCGGCGGGAGCGGGCGCGGGCGUGGAGGCGGGCUUCUCCAGCGAGGAGCUACUGUCGCUCCGCUUCCCGCUGCACCGUGCCUGCCGCGACGGGGACCUAGCUGCGCUCUGCUCGCUGCUGCAGCAGACGCCGCACGCCCACCUGGCCGCCGAGGACUCUUUUUACGGCUGGACGCCCGUGCACUGGGCCGCGCACUUCGGCAAGUUGGAGUGCCUGAUCCAGUUGGUGAGAGCCGGUGCCACCCUGAACAUCUCCACCACACGCUAUGCCCAGACUCCGGCGCACAUUGCAGCGUUUGGAGGACACCCUCAGUGCCUAGUCUGGCUGAUCCAAGCCGGGGCCAACAUUAACAAACCGGACUGUGAGGGGGAAACUCCCAUUCACAAAGCCGCCCGCUCCGGGAGCCUGGAGUGCCUCAGCGCCCUGGUGGCAAACGGGGCUCGCACUGACCUGAGAAAUGCCAGUGGCCUGACGGCAGCAGACAUUGCCCAAACCCAGGGCUUCCAAGAGUGCACCCAGUUUCUCUUGAGCCUCCAGAGCUGUCAGCUGAGCCACUUCUGUCCUAAUGGCCCCUUGAGUGGAGCUCAGGAGAGCCUGUUUCCCAGCCACACUGGCACGGGAACAAAUCGAAAGAGGUGCUUGGAAGAUACGGAGCCCUUGGGCGUGAAGAAAGCUAGGACUGGAGCUCCGGGCCUGGACUGUGCCAUGCCUCUGGCGAAUGGUGAGGCGGAAGACGAGGCGGACAGCAUGCACGUUGAUAGAGAGUUUGCUGCCGUAACAGAUGUGAGAAACAGUAGCACCGUGUCGAGCACACUGACCAAUGGCGGUGUCGGCAAUGGACAUUUGGACUUCCCCUGCACAAGCCACCUCAAUGGGACGGACAGCAGGAGCGGCCUGGGCGCCCACGGGCUCAGCAGCGGAGCGGUGCCCGGGCGGCUGCUCCCCAGCGGCCAGGGAGCUGUGUGUGCUAACCGGGCGGAGGAGCCCGAGAAGACCCCGCAUGCCAGCCCCGAGAUGUGUGGCGCCCUGCACCUGAACGGGAGCCCGAGCAGCUGCGUGGCCAGCAGGCCGUGCUGGGUGGAGGACCCGGACCUCGCCGAGAGCCUGCACUACGGCUACUACCACGGCUUCGGGGACACGGCCGAGAGCCUCCCGGAGCUGAGCAGCAUGCUGGAGCACUCGAGCUGCGUGCAAGUGGAGCGGCGCUACGCCAGCGCCGUACUGGGCGCCUUGCAGCUGCACCCUGGCUCGUGAGGCGCGGCCGCCACCCUUUUAUACCACACUUUCGGGUUCCGUUUUUCUGACGCCUAACUUGGUGUAUUUUUAGAUACGAUCACCAAAAAUAGCCCCUUUUCUUUCACGUGUUGAAUUGUAUGAAGCUGAGGAGCCGGACUGGCUCGGCCUCUCCCUGGAUGGGUGCUGCCCCGCCAAGCCGCAUGGUGGCGCUGUGGAGACACCGGCUCCAGCUUCGGGCCCCACCACCCAGCGUGUCCGCCCCACGUUUCCUACCCAUACUAGAACUGUUACCACAGAUAACGGUUUCCUUCCCUGUGUAGUGGAGGGUAGUAUUUGUAGGAAGUGCCAGGUUAAAAUAUUUUAACUAUUUUGACAUUUCCCUCCCCCCCCCCCCCUUUUUUUUUUUGCGGUUUUCUGCUUUAAAAUAUAUACCACUAUAUAUAUCCAGUUAACAGAAUUUUUAAUCUGGAACCAAAUAGCAUUACGUUCAUGGUUUUAUAGAAAUUAGUUUUUGUUUAGCAACUAGUGAUUUCACUGUGCAAAUAUUGUAAUGCAUUUUUACUUUUCUGAUUUUUGUAAUAACACUCGGUACCGAUGGAGAAAAUGUCACAGAUGCAAAGCUGUGUCCUGAGCGUGUCCUCACAGUGCAUUUUCAGCUGUUCUUCACAGAGGAAUAAAAGCCUGCAGUCUGC